AUCUGAGCAUUUGUCUGAAAAAUACAACAACGAAAGGCAUCUUUUUCACUCUCUCUCUAUCUAUCGUCAAAACUCGUCUCUGUUGUCUCUCUCUCUCUCUCGCCUAAUUCCAGGGAGCCCGAAGUCAAAUUUCUCAUCUUUGUGAGGAGUUUUAGCAAUGGAAGGAGUUCCAAAUCCUAACCAUUAUGACAAGUCUAUAGUGCUAGAUGUUAAACCACUGAGAAGUCUAAGACCUGUUUUUCCAAAUGGCAAUCAAGGUCCACCCUUUGUUGGAGUUCCACCUUUUGGCCCUUCUUCUUCUUCUUCCACUGGAUACUCACCUUUCUUCCCAUUUGGAUCACAACCACCUACGCAAGACACUCCAGAUCUCAACCAAACUCAGUACACACCUCCUCCAUCGUUUGUUCCACCUCUUCAAUCAUACAGAUCACCCACUACUAUUGCAUCAAACGGCCCUAGCAGCUCAACCGGAGCUAAAAGAGGUCGUCCUAAGGGAAGCGGCAACGCCAAGAAAAAAGACCAGACAGUCCCCCAAGAGCCUACUUUGGAUGUUCAGGUUGUGAAGCGUUUCAGCGGAGUUUUCGACAGCGGGAUCAGUGCAGCAGAGCGAGAAGACGGCAACGUGGACUUAGUAAGCACCGUGCUGAUGCGUUUUGAUGCUGUUAGGCGGCGCCUCAGCCAAGUAGAGUACGCAAAGGCCGCGACCGCUAAAGCAGCAGGCUCUUUGAUGAGCAACGGCGUGAGGACAAACAUGAAGAAGAGAGUUGGAACGGUUCCCGGAAUAGAGGUCGGAGACAUCUUCUUUUCUCGGAUAGAGAUGUGCUUAGUGGGUCUCCACAUGCAGACUAUGGCCGGCAUUGACUACAUAACAAGCAAGGCCGCCGGUGCAGAUGAGGAGCCUCUAGCUACCAGCAUUGUUUCGGCCGGACGCUACGACGGCGAGGCCCAGGAUCCUGAGUCUUUAAUCUACAGUGGACAAGGAGGGAAUGCAGACAAGAACAAACAAGCGUCUGAUCAGAAGCUGGAGAGGGGGAAUCUAGCGUUAGAGAGAAGCUUGAGGAAAGGGAAUGGAGUGAGAGUCAUAAGAGGAGAGGAGGAUCCAGCUAGUAAAACGGGGAAGAUCUAUAUUUACGAUGGGCUUUAUACAAUCUCAGAGUCAUGGGUGGAGAAAGGCAAGUCUGGCUGCAACACGUUUAAGUAUAGAUUAGUGAGAGUUCCUGGUCAGCCACCUGCUUUUGGGUUCUGGAAAGCUGUUCAUAAGUGGAAAGAAGGUUUGAUGACUCCAAGAAGAGGACUUAUCCUUCCGGAUAUCACUUCAGGUGUUGAGAGCAAACCUGUCUCGCUUGUGAAUGACUUUGAUGAUGAGAAGGGGCCUUCUUAUUUCACUUACAUCUCCACUCUCAAACACUCGGAAGCCUUUAGAAUAACCCAGCAGCACACAGCAACUGGUUGCUCCUGCCGUGGCUUGUGUGCGCCGGGAGAUCUAAAUUGCUCUUGCAUCAGAAUGAAUGGUGGUGAUCUUCCUUACCUUAAUGGCGUUAUGCUUGUUUCCAGGAGGCCAAUGGUAUAUGAAUGUGGUUCAACCUGUCCGUGUAACCCCAGUUGCAAAAACAAAGUGAUUCAGACAGGACUUAAGUUCCGUAUGGAGGUGUUUAAGACGGGGAACCGUGGUUGGGGUUUACGGUCGUGGGAUCCCAUUCGUGCUGGCUCUUUCAUAUGUGAAUAUGCUGGUGAGGUCAAAGACCAAGAAACGCUUAGAAUGGACCAAGAAGAGGAUGAGUAUGUCUUUGACACAUCGCGUGUUUAUAACUCGUUUAAGUGGAACUAUGAGCCUGCGUUAGUAGAUGAGGAUCCUUCAGAUGAGCUCUCCGAGGAGUUUAAUCUCCCAGCACCGCUCCUGAUCAGUGCUAAGAACUUCGGCAAUGUAGCUCGGUUCAUGAACCAUAGCUGCUCCCCCAACGUUCUGUGGCAGCCAGUUAUCUGUGAAGGGAACGGUGAACCGGUUGUCCACAUUGCCUUCUUUGCCAUUCGUCACAUUCCUCCAAUGGCUGAACUGACUUAUGAUUAUGGAGUCUCCCUUACAUCUGAGGCUAGAGAUGGGAGCCUUUUACAUGGAAAGAGGCAGUGUAACUGUGGUUCUGUGAAAUGCUGUGGUUCAUUCGGAUGAUCUGAGAAAAUGGCAGAGAGUAGAAAGAGGGUGAUGGCUUUUGGAAACUGUGUAUGCAUUUGCAUGUUCUGUGGCGAUGCAAACACUUGUAAUGUAAUGUAUUGUAUUGGCAUCACAUCGGCUUUAAGUUCCAUGCUCAUAGGUUUGGUAAAAUUACUCUAGAGCGAUUUAGUUAUGUUCUUUAAGCUUUCUGUAACAACUUAUCCGUAGACUUCAAGAAUGAGAAGGAAAAAAAUUGAUGUUUGUUUGGUAUUAGUAGUCAAUGUUCUUCAUGUACUCCUUGGAAAGCUUUGUUUCCAUGAUGAGUUUCUGUUCA